CUUCCAAGUGUGAUGUUUGUGAUAAGAACCUUUCAUGCUUGGUUGCUUGUAUUUGGGUUGGUUGCUCUGUCUUUAAAGAUUGUAUGUGAUUUUUGUAAAUCAUUUGGUUUUGCUGAUCACUAGCUGACUAGAGGAUUAGCCUCAACAGCAAUGUUAGUAUGGUUCAGGAUUGGUUUCUGGGCACUCAUUAAUAUUGCUGCUGUCUUACCUCCUUACAGGGCACAAGCACCCCUAUAUUCCUAAGCAGCAUUGCGUUUUUUCAGGACUCUCUAAUCAAUCAGCAGACACAGGUGAAGCUUUCAGUGUACGAUGUGAAGGAUCGCUCUCAGGGGACAGUAAGCAGGCAUUUCUUUCUGUAUUCUGUAUUCUUGGGACUCGUGUGAUGUGUAUACGCCUAGAGAGGGAAGAGAGGUGUACACAAUUCAUAAUUCUUACCAACACUUCCUGUUUUGUUUUAAAAUGCCAAAAAUUAAAAUUAAAAUAUACAGCAACAUAUAGUCUGUAUAGUGGAAGAGUUAACACUGUUUCCUUACAUGUUGCUGCUACCAAAAAAUAUAUUUUAAUGAUCACCAACAAGGUUUUGGCUUGUAGGGUUAAACAACAUCAGUUGACCUAAGACCCUAGUUAUUUCUAUCACGCUAUCUGAAGGCAGAAGCUAAACCAUUAUAGCGAAUUAUUAAAACACUUUUAUUAAUAAAAAAAAGGAUGUACAUAAUGUAUAUAUGUAUAUCUGAUGUACAGGAGAGCGUUAGCUACAGUAUGUUCCUCAUGUCCUCCGAUUAAUAAAACAACAUUACGGUAGAGUGAAACUGCUGGUAACCAACAACAAUGCUAAAAAGUUAAGUCUGCUACUUAGAAAUGUGCAAUGAGAAGAACAUGGCAAUGUAUUUAGAGUAAUUAGAGUUUGAGCAUUUAAAGAGAAGUGGGGUUCUGGUAAAUAUAGCGUUAUACGUCUCCAUGUUGCUACAACUAUUUAAAAAAAUGUACUUGUAAUUUUUCUUCUCGUUGUUGACAUCCUGAUAAGUUUUUACACUUAUAAAUUUAAACUCUAUCUCAAAGGUAUUUUCAAAAUGUUUGCUUAGUGGAAUCAAUUUUGAGAACAGCAAGCACAUUGAUACAUUAUUUCAAACGAAACGAACCAGACCAAGUCCAUUUGAAACAGACCCAGUGUGAAUGCAGCUGAAUUUGGUAAUUGAAAGUAUAGUAGUCUCACUUUGGCAUGAAGGAAUUUAUUUGUUUAUGUAUUAAUAUUGUAUGAAACUUGAAGAUGAUCCUGUAUGAAGAGAAAUAAAGUAACUUACUUUAAGGGAUGUACUGUACUGUAUUAUAUUGUAUUUUGUAUGUUCGUCCACAACCUUAAACACUUUAAAUCUUAUGUAAAACUAUAUAUAAAAAAAAAAAACACAACUGUGCACAAUUGUACCCAUAGACCUUGUUUAUUUUGUUUUCAUCCCUUAAUGUCUCCAGGGUAGUCCCAUUUGUGUUAAACUAUGUAAAAAAAAAAAAAAAAAAAAAAACUUUAAUGCGUAACCUAAUAAAUAACCCUGCAGUAAGCAUCUUGAAGCUUUUCUGUUGGGAAUAUGCAAUGCAGUGUUUUUAUAAUUGCAUUUCAGAUGUAUUUACUGGGGUCUUCAUUGUUCACUGUGAAAGAAUUGCUACUGGAGAAGCAACACAGGUUACAUCUUAUGCUAAGGUCUGCUGAAAAUGAGAGAGUGGGUAAUAUCACAAUUAUAGCAUGGCAGAUGGAGGAGAAAAGAGACCAAAGGGCUCCAGUGACACGAUUGCCUGACACUAUCAACGGAAGGAUGGUCCUGCCAGUUGACGAAAGCUUAACAGAGUCUUUAGGAAUUAGAGCAAAAUAUUCAUCAUUAUGCAAAGACGCUUUAUUAAAAUCAGUGUUUGGUGGUGCAAUGAGUCGGAUGUACCGUCUCCCUACCACGGAUGGGAACCACUUGCGAAUACUUGAGCAGAUGGCAGAAAGUGUGCUGUCUGUCAAUAUCCCUCGACAGUUUGUAAAACUACUCCUUGAAGAAGACGCAGCCAGAGUUUGUGAACUGGAAGAGUUGGGGGAGCUGUCACCUUGUUGGGAGGGUCUUCGGCGGCAGAUUGUAACCCAAUAUCAAACCAUCAUACUGAACUACCAGGAAACACUGACAGACCUACAUCAGUAUAAAGGGCCAUCUUUCAAAGCUAGCAAUUUAAAAGCUGAAAAGAAAUUGGAGUUUAUUCCAACCAACCUCCACAUCCAGAGAAUGAGAGUGCAAGAUGACUCAGGAUCAGAUCUGACAUAUGACAUCGUUACUAUCGGAGCACCAGCAGCACAUUGUCAGGGCUUUAAAAAUGGAGGCCUUAGGAAGCUCAUUCACAAGUUUGAAGAAGCCAAAAAGCACAUUUAUGAGGAGGGUUGCAGUUCCAUGUCCAGCUCGCAGUCCAUAGUUUACAUACCGCAGGACAUUAUGAGAGCAAAGGAGAUCAUAGCACACAUCAAUACUCUGAAGACCCAGGUCAGUUACUAUGCUGAGAGACUCUCAAGGGCAGCCAAGGACCGCUCCUCAAACGGCCUGGAAAGAACACUUGCCAUCUUAGCAGAUAAGACUAGACAGCUGGUGACUGUGUGUGACUGUAAAUUACUGGCAAACGCAAUCCAGGCGCUGAAUGCUGCUAGACCCGAGUACAUUGCCUCUAAAAACUCCCCCACAGCUGGGGACGCAGACCAAGUGAUGCUCAGGAACGAUCAAGACACCCUGGUGGCGAGGUGGACUGGCAGAAACAGCCGGUUAUCGCUGCACAUCAAUUGGCACGAAGAGGAGUGGGAAAAAGUUUGGCUGAAUGUUGACAAAAGCCUGGAAUGCAUUAUUCAGCGUGUCGACAAACUGCUUCAGAAGGAGCGUCUACAAAGUGACAGCUGUGAGGACGUGUUUCAGUGCGAUCUAACCUGCACCAGCAAGAAAGGUAACCUGGAGAGUCGUGCGUACUGGAUCAAUCCAGACUGCAGAGGUGACACUAGCUCAUCAUCAACAUCACCAUCAUCCUCAUCAUCUCCAGUAUCAUCUAUGUGCCAUUUUCACAAACACAGAAAUUGCAACACCCCUGCUGAGGAGGCCACUCCAGGAGAAUGGAGCGAGGCCCUUUAUCCGUUGCUAACGACUCUCACAGACUGUGUAGCUAUGAUGAGUGAUAAAGCUAAAAAAGCUAUGGUAUUCCUGCUAAUGCAAGACACUGCCCCAACAGUAGCUAUGGACCUGAGUCUUCAGUACCGGAGAGAUGUUGUCUUUUGUCAGACACUCACAGCCCUGAUUUGUGGAUUUAUAAUCAAGUUGAGGAACUGCCUUCACGAUGAUGGCUUCCUGCGUCAGCUCUACACCAUUGGCCUGUUGGCACAGUUUGAAAGUCUUCUUAGUACAUAUGGAGAAGAGCUGUCCAUGCUAGAAGACAUGAGCAUAGGAAUUCUGGAUUUGAGGAACGUGACCUUCAAGGUUACACAGGCAACUUCAGCAUCAUCUCCGGAUAUGUUGCCAGUUAUCACAGGAAAUCGUGAUGGAUUUAAUGUGAGGAUCCCUCUGCCUGGCACAAUGUUUGAUGCACUUCCCAGAGAAAUCCAGAACGGCAUGCUGCUACGAGUCCAGCCUGUUCUCUUCAAUGUGGGAAUCAAUGAGCAGCAAACACUUGCAGAAAAGUUUGGAGACACAUCAUUACAAGAACUCAUUAACAUGGAAAGUUUAGCUCGCUUGAAUUCCUAUUAUGAGCAGUUUAAAGAAGUUUUGCCUGAAGAUUGUCUACCUCGAUCGCGCAGCCAGACUUGCUUGCCAGAACUAUUAAGAUUUCUCGGCCAGAAUGUGCAUGCAAGAAAAAACAAGAAUGUGGAUAUCCUUUGGCAAGCAGCUGAGAUUUGUCGUCGCCUAAACGGAGUUCGCUUCACCAGCUGUAAAAGUGCCAAGGAUAGGACAGCCAUGUCGGUGACGCUAGAACAGUGUCUGAUCCUGCAACACGAGCACGGGAUGGCACCCCAGGUCUUUACACAGGCCUUGGAUUGUAUGAGGAGCAUUGGAACACGGGAGGUAGUCACGCAGAAGAACUUGAGUGGUCUGUUGCCCAUCCGUGAUUUCAGGCUAGACCCCAGCCUCCUCUACUCUAUCCCUUUAUUAGCACUGAGCCCCAAUUUACUUGUUGUGUGGCUGUUUCUGAGCGUAGCCUACCUGCUGGCUAAAAUGCGUUUCAAGUGAAGUGAAGAGAAGAACGAAAAGUGUAUUAGCAAGUGGACAGAGGAAUGUGCACUUCAGAUGCCUGCCA